UCCCUCCUCCGCCGCCCUCCGCCCGGCCCUGGAGGCCAGGCCUCACCUGCCCGCAGGCCCGGGAGCCGCCCGCCGCCGCCGAGGGCCCGUCCCCGGGGCCGCGGAGCCUGAAGGUGCAGACGCGAGGCGCGGGCGUCCGCGCGGAGGCCGGGACGGCGCGGCCAGGUGAUGCUGGGCCCCUGUGCUUCUCCAGAGGAAAGGGGACCCCCAGAGCAGCCGUGCCCCCGGGCUGCCCCGGUGAGGCCAUUUGACAUCGGCCCUCGGGAAGUUGGGCAGCUGUGAGUUUGCCGGUCUCUGUUAAGUGCCCUUAGGAUGCAGGGUUUAAGGAAUUAGGCUCCCCCCACCGGGAGGGGCACUGCCUGCGCUUGUGAACUCGCUGCGGAGAAGCAGCACAGCAUGAUGCUGUCCGAGCAAGCCCAGAAGUGGUUUCCAACCCACGUGCAGGUCACAGUGCUCCAAGCCAAAGAUCUUAAGCCAAAAGGCAAAAGUGGCACCAAUGACACAUACACUAUAAUUCAGCUGGGCAAGGAAAAGUACUCCACCUCAGUAGCUGAGAAAACCCUUGAGCCGGUCUGGAAGGAGGAGGCCUCUUUUGAGCUACCUGGCUUGCUAAUGCAGGGGAAUCCAGAGAAAUACAUUCUUUUCCUCAUAGUUAUGCACAGGUCCCUGGUGGGUCUGGAUAAGUUUUUAGGGCAGGUGGCAAUCAAUCUCAAUGACAUCUUUGAGGACAAACAAAGAAGGAAAACAGAGUGGUUUAGAUUAGAAUCCAAACAAGGAAAAAGAGCCAAAAAGAGGGGUGAGAUAAAGGUCAAUAUUCAAUUCAUGAGGAACAAUAUGACAGCAAGUAUGUUUGACUUAUCAAUGAAGGACAAAACAAGAUCUCCUUUUGCAAAAUUAAAAGAUAAGAUGAAAGGUAGAAAAAGUGAUGGGACAUUUUCUGAUACAUCUUCUGCAAUCAUUCCAAGUUCUCACAUGCCUGAUGCCAAUACUGAAUUUUCAAGUGGUGAAACACAGAUGAAAUCCAAACCAAAAAAGCCUUUCCUUUUGGGUCCUCAGCGACUCUCUUCAGCACACUCAAUGUCUGAUUUAACUGGGGCCCACAUGUCUUCUGAGAAACUGAAGUCUGGCACUGUUGGUCAAACACAUCUUCUCGGACGCCAGAUAGAGUCCUUUGGAGCAGUUCCGGAAAGUGGAAGUCUCAAAUCUCCACACAGAAGAACAUUAAGCUUUGAUACUUCUAAAAUGAACCAACCUGACAGCAGUGUGGAUGAAGGUGAAUCGUCUUUCGGAAGACAAAAUGACCCAUUUACAAAUGUGACUGCUUCAUUACCCCAAAAAUUUGCAACACUGCCAAGGAAGAAAAAUCCAUUUGAAGAAAGCAAUGAGUCAUGGGACAGCAGCAUGAAUUUAUUUUCAAAAUCAGUUGAAGUAAGAAAAGAAAAUAAAAGAGAGAAAAGGGAGAAAGUUAGCCUAUUUGAAAGAGUGACUGGAAAAAAGGAUAGCAGAAGAUCUGAUAAACUUAACAAUGGGGGAUCCGAUAGCCCUUGUGACUUGAAAUCACCUAAUGCAUUUAGUGAAAAUCGUCAGGACUAUUUUGAUUAUGAGUCAACUAAUCCGUUUACAACAAAAUUCAGGGCUUCAAAUAUAAUGCCAUCUACAAGUUUUCAUAUGAAUCUGACAAGCAAUGAAGACCUCAGGAAAAUCCCGGACAGCAACCCUUUUGAUGCCACUGCAGGGUACCGUGGUCUGACCUACGAGGAGGUUCUCCAGGAGCUGGUGAAACACAAGGAGCUCCUUAGGAGGAAAGACACCCACAUCCGGGAACUGGAGGACUACAUCGACAACCUCCUCGUGAGGGUCAUGGAGGAAACGCCCAGUAUUCUCAGAGUGCCCUACGAACCAUCCAGGAAAGCUGGCAAAUUCUCCAAUAGUUAAUAAGCCGACUGUGCUGCAUUUAUAAUUGGGGAAAAAAAGAAAGGAAGAGAGAGAAAAAAGGAAAACUGUUACUGAAGGAGACUACACUAACAGGUUUCAUUGCAUAUUCUUCUUCAUUGUGAAAAAUUGUUUUACCUGUAAAUAUUAGCAAGGACUAUCAAGAGUGACCUUUGAAGUGAGCUAAAUAAUUUAAACUUUUAAAGUGAAAAUGGGCCAGAUUCUCAAUGAAUAAGCAGUUCCUUAGGAUUCACUUAGGUGCUGGUGCUGGCCUGCUAAUCUGCCAGAAGCCUAGAAAUAUCUUCGGAAGUAUAUGACUUAUUCCUCAGGAAUAGAUUUCUCAUAAAGCAGAAUCGAUACUGUGGUUGGUUUCUCAGAAGUCAAUUUGUGGACAUAUUUAGCUGCAGGAAUACUGCUCGUUAUAAGCACUACUAAACAAAGUUCAUAUUUUAUAUGCAUAUAUACAUGAAUAUAUGUUCAUGUAUCUUUGUAUAUAAAAUACAUGCGUAUACCUCAUAUAUAUAUGUGUUUUUAGAACAUUUAAAAGCAACUGGUUGCCUCUAAAAUUAGGGUACCAAUUUCUUAAUUGGAAAAUGUAUGUGUGCUCUAUGGGUGCAAAACAGAUCAUCGUUGCUACUGUUAUGGUUUGUAUAACAGAGAAGCUGCUUCAAAUCACUCUUGACUAUGUGAACCUUGGUUUCAAAACAAGCUGCUGCUACAUAUUAUUCCAGCAUCAAGGUUUUGCUCUUUUUCCAAAAGUAAUGAUCCAAAGAAUGACAUAUUUUAGGAAACUUCAUUAACUUCACAACAGCAUGAAUUUCUUGAAUUAAUUUUUUAUCUUAACAUUUGAGUUCUGUUUAAGCUAUAAGCAGAAGAUAAGCUAAUGUAAUUUGUUUUGUUGAGAUUCUGAAUGCCUUUAAAUCACUAGCAACGAAAAUAUUAAGAAGUUGUGUCUGAAGAUAAUUUGGGGGGAAAAAUGUAGGUGAGGAUCUGAUGCCUGACAACCCAAAGCAGUGGGCAAAUCCUAGGAGUGGAGAAUUAGGCUUGGUUUCACGUUACAUCAAUAAUAGAACAGAUGGUUGCAUUUGGGUCUUGAACCAAAAUAAGAAUUACUAAAGGAGUGAGUUUUUAGAACAGAUCUUUCCUAGCAUGACAUUAUACACUAUUUACAUCAGCUCUUUAAGAAUUGAUUUAUCACAAGAUUGUAUGUUGGCUUUUUUUUGUCUGCUCCUCCAAAAUGUUGAUUACUUCCAUGAAUUAUCUCUAUAUGUACAAAAUUAGUCUGAAAUUUAAAGUGAAAAUAAUGGUAUGAAAAUAUUACUAACCGUCUACUGCUUAUGUUUUACCUUAUAAAUCUAAAAUACAUACUGUAACACAUUGAAUCUGUGUCUUCUGAAUUUAAAAUGAAAAAUUCACCUGUAUAUGGAGACAUACAUUCCCCAAUCUUUUAAUGAACUGCAUUUUAGUCUAUUUAUCUCUACUAAGACUUCAUUGAAAGUUAAAUGCAAAGCAGGUAUAGUAAUAGUUUUGUUCAUUUUAAUAUUUUCAAUCAGAUAAUCAUUGGCCAAGCUUAUAUUCAUAAGCUAAAAUUCCUUGUUAUUUGUAUUUUCUGAGUUUCUUUAGUUUUCCUCUGAGAGCAUACAUUUUGAAAUUCUGGAAAUUUUUCCCAAAUAUAAAAAAUAAUUUUUUAAAAUGAAGAAAUGGAGAAGCAAAAGUAGCUUUUACCAACUUUUUCCUCCAUCUAUAAAUUUCUGUAAUAAACCUCAAAAUCUGGUGUGGAAUUUUAUUCUCCCAUCUGAGGUCUUGGUAAUUAUUGUGUUUUAAUAUGGUGCCCUUUUUAGUUAACAUUUAUUAAAUAGUACAAAAUUCUUAGCAUUUGUUUUUUCUGUUAGUAUAAUUAAGCUCUUCUUACACUUUUUAAAAUACUAAAAUCCAUGUGUUUUCAGUAUUAUGACAGAUUAGCUGCAGAUAUUUUAAUAUGCUUAGGCCAAAUUUGCUGUUUAUAGAAUGAACCAAGAUGUAAGUUUUGUAUUAGGGUACAUGUUUUAUGUAAAUAGAGCUCAUUAAAAAGUGUAGUUCAGGUACUGCUAUUCUUUUUAUGACAAAAUUCAUUUUUAAGGAGAGAUUCUUUGCCUGUAAAAAAACUUAAAGAUUAGACUUAUGCAUACUUAAGUCAUUUGGUUAUAACGGAAUCAAUAUUUUUAUCUUUAAAUCUGAGACAAGAGUUGUGUUGAAAACUGGAUCUGCAUUUAUCACUGCCUGAGAAUAUCCUGUUUCAGUGUUGAUGAACUUCCACUCAUGACCUAGAGUAAAACUUAUUCUAUAUUUUCGUUUUGGUCAAUGUAAUAAACUAAAACCAAAAAAGUAAAAAUGAGCCCCAAGUAAAUAUAUCAGUGUUGCCUGUGUUUUGGCAAAGUGAAAACAGAGUAGUUUUAAUUUCUAGCAUUGUAGAAAAAGGCCGAAAGAUCACCUUAGUUUAUUUUUCGAAAAUGUAACUUUUAAGUGUUUUUAAUGGUAUAUUUUGUUAGUAGCUUAGAAAUGGAAAUAAAAUAUAUGUACUCAUUAAACAAUGCACAGCACAGUAGACUUAUGAACAGAUUUUACUUUUGCUUUCAUGCUUAAAAAAUGCAUGCUCAAAAAUAUUUCCACUAAUAAGAGGUUUUUUUAAAUCACAGGAUCGACAUUUAUGUCAAACCUAUCUUAAGCUAACAUACUUCUGUUACAUGAUUAAAAUGUUUCUGCUAUGAUAUUUAAAACAGUGUUGUUUUACAGCCAGUUCCUCUCCCAGUUCUGAAAUUCAGCUUUGAAAGUAUCGAACAUACUGUCCUGCCACUUAGGCUUCAAGUUUCAUUUGUUGAAUACUAGGGUCGUAUCUUAGAAUUGUAUAUAAAAUGACGUGUCACUCAUUCAUGAAAAAUGUUCAAGUAUUGCUUUUUGCUGCUAUAUUCUGCCUUGAGCCCAGUUUUGCCAUCCUCCCGUGAAUGUAGUAUUAUCCAUAGGUUAUUCAUAACUACAUCUAUUGCUUUUGGCAGUAAAUAAAGAUUUAGUUGUAAUUUUCCAGCUGUGAAAAUGUUUCCUUGUAUUUAAAAGGGUUUCAUGAAUGGAAACCUAAGUAAAACACAGCUCAUUAGUGACAGACUUGCUUUCCUCACAUCCUUCCUUCACCAGCUCCUGCGGCCUCACGACCCCCUGCUCAUCAUCCCCGUAAGGGUGCUUAUUCUUUAGCAAGGAGAAUUUUAAAAAAACGAAAAAAAACCCUGUUUUUAGUAUAUCUAGUAAUUGUUACACUAGAGCUUUUAUUUUCCUCUGUAGCUUUUUAGGAAAAGCAGCCUACCUUGUAUUUGUAAAUCAAGCUGAAAGUUUUUGGUGUCCGUGUACUCAUGUGUCCUGUAGAUAUGGAAGGUCCCUGUGUGUGUGUAAGUGAAGUGUGAUGCAUGCUCAUUCACUUGAUCUCCCUGAAGUAAGAGUAAAGGAUCGCAGUGCUGCAGGUUCACGAUGGUGGAUGUAAGGGUCUGUCAGCACACAGUGAAAGCCCCCGUUUCCACAGAUUUAUAACUUCAAUAAUCCAGAUGCAAUCAUUGGGAGUAUUUAAUAUGCAGUAAGUAGCACCUUAACUAAUUAAUCUGCAUAUGAAGGGUUUUCUGAUGUAUUUAAUAAGAAGUGUAGAAGCUCUUCAAGCAUUAAACUAGAGUUGAUGUUUUAUUUCAUUUAUUUUCUAUGUCGAAAAAUCCACUCUUACAAGGGAAUUGAAGUCUGUAACAAAUGAUACAUUGGGCCUAUUAAUCUUCAGAGCUUCCAGGUGGUUUGUCUGUUGAGGUACAAAAAAAUGCUGCAGAUCUAGAAAUGUAUGUAUUUAGCAGGUAUUUGAAAGAUAUAGGCGUUAUUGAUAACUGAAGAGUGUUACACUCAUUAAGUAAAAUGUUCUAGUAACUUGUAUACUUUUUUGCAGGUACAAACUCAAAAGUGUGUAAGCAUUGCAUAAUGUGACAGUUGUAUAAUUUAUGUAAUCUGAUGCAUGAAUCAGAAUUUUUAUAUAUGAUAUUGAUUUAUUAUAGUCGAUUAAAGUGUUUAAUCUUAA